AUGGUCACUCCGUGGGUCCGCUUGUCUAGGCAGCUUCUGCAGAUUAUGCAUGAUGCCCAGAGCAUGAACAUACGGUCCCAAACGUUCGCCCACACCAUGGUGCUCCUCCAUGCUCUCAAAGUAGCCCAAUUCUCCGUACCGCAAUACUUAGACCACCAAGUGGGGGUGGAUGAGCCCGAGGAAGACAACAAAAUCUUCAACAUUGUCGGGCCGAAUGGCACCUUUACUGACUUUGCUGCGCAAGAUACGAUCAAAAUGCGAACACGAAGAACGUUUCGGUGGCGUCUGGAGUCGAGCAGUAUCCACGGACGCCGUAUCGGCGGCGGUGUGGACUUGAAGGGGAGGCCUUUGCGGUGCGAGGAAUGGGUCCGAAUGGUCACAAGGACACGCCGUACCCUUAUCCUGCUGGGUUGGACAAGGCCUCGAAAGGCAGCUCACGCGGAAACCAAGAAGGACUCUCAGAUUGAUUCAGCUACUCUGCUUUUGUUGGUGAGACGUCAAAAAGGGUCGGAUCGUAUGAGGGUUGUACAGUUAGAGGACCUGGAUGACUUCGAUGCUUUCCAUGAAGGUGAUCGACUGGCUGCAUGCUUAGAGGCCCUCGGCUCUUUCAACCUUAUGAUCGAGGCUGAACAGUCAGAUUUUCAGGCUCUCAUUCGGUCACACUAA